UCACCCCCGAACCUUCUCUCCUCCUUCGCCUUGAGUAUUGCAAUCUAUCGUCCCUUCAGCAGUCACCUUGCCGGAGCCUCAGCCGGGUAUAUAAAGGUGGUCGUUGGCAGUCAGAGAGCAUCUUCCGCAGAUCCUCACAACCGACAACAUGAAGCUCGCCGUGUUCGCCUGCCUGCUGGCCCUCGCCGCCGCCGCUCCCCGCCCCGAUCAAGACGCCGUGGUGACCCUCGACGAGCGCACCGACAACGGAGACGGAACCUUCAGCCUCCGCCUUGAGACAAGCAACGGCAUUGCCGAGGAGAGGACCGGCGUCGUGGGCUCCGAGGGGCAGAGCAACAUGCAGGGAUCCUACAGCUUCACCCUUCCUGACGGCACCGUCGCCGUGGUCACGUUCGUUGCUGACGAGGGUGGCUUCAGGCCCGAGUCCGAUCUGCUCCCCACCCCCCACCCCCUUCCCGCCCACGCCAUCGAGCAGCUCCGCGUCGCCGAGGAGCAGCGCGCCCAGGGUAUCACCUUCGACCGGAAAUAAGACGAGCACCAUCAGCCCCAAGCUUCUGAUUCUUCCUCGAGCCCACCCUCUUUGGGAACCUUUAUCCUUCAUUUUUUAUGAUGCAUUAUUUUUUUAUGAAUAAAUUGUAACGCACACUGA